UCACGAUCGCGCUCAGAAACGUUCGAAGAAGAGCAGCCCGAUGGACUUAAUGCAGUGCAGAUUACGUUAGUAACAAGUGUUUGAAGAUGGGAUUACCUAAUAAAGUGACAAAACGCAGCGUACCUAAUAGAUGUUUUCUAUUAGUGGUGACGAUCGCCUCAAUCAUCGGCACAUCACUGGCCCAAGAUGAUCUAGUGGUAAACAUCCAAGGUCUAGGUUCUGUCAUGGGAACCAUGGGAAAGACGGCCUGGACUGGACGACCCAUCUACCAGUUCUUCAACAUCAAGUAUGCCGAGGCUCCAGUAGGAGAGCAACGCUUCCGUGCUCCUAUCAGUGUUCGUCCAUGGACGGGUGUCAUGAAUGUCACCGCUCCUGGUCGUGGCUGUCCUCAGCGACGCACUGUUUCUCAAGAUGACCCUAAUGCCGAGGAUUGUCUCACGCUUUCCGUCUACUCCAACGAUCUUACGGCUAAUCGUCCAGUCAUGCUCUACGUCCACGGAGGUGCCUUCGUGGUCGGAUCCGCUGAGCGAUUCGGACCUGAGUACUUGCUCGAAAAGGACAUCGUUCUUGUCGUCAUACAGUAUCGCUUGGGUACGCUCGGAUUUCUCUCUACUGGUACCGAGGCUAUCCCUGGUAACGCUGCCAUGUACGACGUGCUCGAGUCGCUGGAGUGGGUAUCCCGACACAUUCGUAGCUUCGGUGGAAACCCAGAGGACGUUACGAUCUUCGGAGAAUCUGCCGGAGGACAUGCAGUUUCCGCUAUGCUCCAUAGCCCCCGUGUUCGCGAGGGACUCUUCAAACGUGCCAUCAUCCAGUCCGGUACCUUGUUCAUGCCCUGGGUCAUCUGUCAGGAUCCUACCGAGGGCGCAUACGAGAUCGCUCGUGUUAUUGGUUGUCCCAUGACCACUCCUGCCGAGAUCGAUAACUGCCUUAAGAGUGCAUCGGUCCGCGAUUUGGUUUUGGCUCAAGACGAACACAAGAAAAAUGAGUUCAACUCUCCAGGAUAUCCCAAGGUUGCUGGAGCUUGCAUCACCGUCGGCGGAGCUCUUGGGGCCCAAAGCUUCAUGCCCGUUCACCCCAGAGAGUCUACCUACUUCCGGGAUGUUGAGAUCAUCUUCGGAAUGAACUCCCAAGAGGGUCUUAUCUUCUUCAACGAAUACUUCCAAUAUGCUUUAGACUCUCAACCUAUUCAAUUCAACUCUCAUUGGGACUUCCUGGAGUUUCUCAAGACCGUAAACAUCAAGUUUGGAUCUGGUGCCUUCGUCGAUGCCGUUGUUGGCUAUGAGCUCCUGUCCAAGGCCACCUGGGAGGAGAUGGAUCGUGCUAACUUCUCGGAGAUAGUUCCUCUGUUCAUUGAUGUUGCUGGAAACUUGGCCCUCAAGUACGGAUCCGUCGAGGAGGCUAACCGAUUCGCUAGAGCGCUUCCCGGACAAGUCUACCUCUACAACUUUGACUACGUUGGUCCGCCGUCUCCAAUGACUCCCGGUUUCCCGUACGAUUUCCCCAACUCAGUCGGUCAUGGCGAUGAGCUCAAGUUCUUGUUCCCCAUGUCGAACGUACUGAAUGAGGAGCACACCAAAAUGGCUAAGAUCAUGGUGGAUGUUUGGACGUCCUUUGCGAUCACUGGGAAACCUCAAGCCGGCAAUGUCACUCCAUGGCCAACUGUAUCGAGACCAUUCGUACCGUAUUUACGACUCGUGGACCCUCCGGAACGGAAAGAGUACUUCGUCCAUGAGCUUACAAACAGCGUUGUGAAGGCUAGACAAUCAAAUGACAGCGUGCAAAUGCAGUUAUCUUUUCUAGCAUGCCUGCUAUCAUUACUUACUGCAUUGAUAUUCACAUCCCCGUCAGGGCGGGAUGGAUACGCGAGCGAAUCAAUGUCGCAAGCAGCCGGGUUGAAACACUUUGGCAACACUCAACGGUUCGAGCUCCCUAUCGGUGUUGUUACUGCUAUCUAUCAUUCUGCCGAUAUGAUUCGUCAUAUACAAGCAACCGUGUUGAAGAUUUAUGUGCGGGACGUUACCGCUGCGUUGAGCUUACAAAAGGGACCACCCUAUCGGGGCCGUCGAUUAGUCGUCGAUUGCCUGUUGAAAGGUUCGCACACGGUCCUUCUUGGAGGUAAGAACAAUCAAAAUUUAACAGUGACAAUGCAUGUGCAGUGGAUUUCGGUCAGCUUGGUGGUGGUAUCAGUGUGCUUGGUGCCUCUGUUGUACAGUGCCGGUGUUAGCGGUCAACAGAACUCGCCGAUCGUAGUGAUUGAUGGGCUCGGUACGGUACAAGGAACACGGGGCCGUACCGCCUGGACGGAUCGGGAGAUUUUCAAAUUCUACAACAUCCGCUACGCGGAAGCUCCGAUCGGGCAGCAACGGUUUCGCAAUCCAAUUCCCGUGAAACCGUGGAGCGGUGUGUACAAUGCAGCGCUCCCGGGGAAACCAUGCCCCCAGAUUGGCAUGAACAUGAGCACCAGUGAUUUAGCGGCUGAAGAUUGUCUCACACUGUCGGUGUAUACACAAAAUGUAACUGCCAACCGUCCCGUGAUGGUGUUCAUACACGGUGGCGCGUUCGUCAUCGGGUCCGCCUCACUCUACGAACCGGACUAUCUGCUCGAAAAGGACAUUGUGCUGGUGUCAAUCCAGUAUCGGCUCGGUCCGCUCGGCUUUCUUUCCACCGGUACCGCCAACAUCCCGGGCAACAUGGCCAUGCUCGAUAUGAUCACCGCGCUGGAGUGGGUUUCGAACAAUAUUCGCUUCUUCGGCGGCGACCGUACCUCGGUGACGGUGUUCGGUGAGUCGGCGGGCGGAGCAGCCGUAUCGGCCCUGCUGUACAGUCCGACGGUGCGGGAAGAGCUAUUCCACCGUGCCAUCAUACAGUCCGGGUCCAUCUUUUCGCCCUGGGCGACUUGUAAAUCACCAAAGGAAGGGGCGCUCGAUAUUGCAAGGCGCGUCAACUGUGAUCGACCGGUGGAAACGAUGGAAGACUGUUUGCGGAAUGUGCCCGCGCUAAGGCUGAUGGAGGCGUACGAGGAGCACAAGAACACACAGUUCAACAUUACCGGCUAUCCGGACGUUUCCGGCGCGUGCAUCGUCAUCGGCGAAGCUUCACCGUUCAUGCCGAAGCACCCGAAAACGCUACCGCGCAGUGCAUUCCGCAAUGUGGAGCUGCUGGCCGGUACUACCGCACAGGAAGGGCUCAUGUUUUGGGAAGGCGUGUACCGCCACGGACUGUCCUACCGGCCGGAAACCAUUCAAUCCUCCUGGGAGCUGCUGCAGCUCAUCGACACCAUCAACGAGCGGUUCGGCGCGAGCUCGAACGAUGGUUCGCACACGUGGCAUCAACUUUUCAGCACCUUCCUCACGACCGAGAUAGACCGGGCCAACUACACCGAACUGCUUCCCGGGCUGGUGGAUAUCUGCGGAAAUCUUGCCAUCAAAGCGCCGGUCUUGCAGGACGUGACACGAUUUGCCCACGCUAACCCGGGCAAGGUUUAUCUGUACAGUUUCGAUUACAGCGGCGUACCAUCCAUGUACAACUUCUCCUCCACGGACGAUGAGUUCAAGUAUCCCUACCACAACAAUUCGUUCCACGCGGAAGAUCUGUUCUAUCUGUUCCCGCUCGGGCAGCGUCUCAAUCCGCGCGAUACCGUGAUCGCAAAGGCGAUGGUCGAUCUGUGGACGUCGUUUGCAAUCAGUGGACGCCCUGCGGCAGCACCAUUAAAACAGAGCUGGAAUCCUGUGUCGCAUUUUAAUGGUCCGUAUCUAAAAAUUAACGAAGCAUGCGAGGAACGGCAAAACUAUUUCAACGAAUUCACCGCCUCCACUGAUAAGGCCAGGCAGCAGCGGUCGGCGGCUACUCUUUUGGGGCUUUCGCGGGCAACUAUUGCUGUGGUAGCAUUACUUUACAGUGUAAUUAGACACUUGAUGUAAUAAAUUUAAAAAAGAAAA